AUAAUGGAGUCAAAAUAAUUCACCACUUUCCCUGAUAAUUACCUUUUUUUUAUCAGUUUAUUCAUUUUUGACGUAUUUUUAAGAUGAAAUAUGUUUGUUUUUCUUGCAGAAUGGACUUUAUUCCAUUUAUAGCAGCUUUAUUGUUUCUAAUCCUAAUUUCCUAGAGUUGCACCUGAUGCCCUCGCCCCUCCCUCCUCUUCCUCCUGGCGUCGUCGCAUCAUCCUCCUCCUCUUCCUCCUCCUCUUCCCCUCCGGGCUCCAGCAGUCUGUCAGGACGCCGAACCGUCCUGUCUUGCAGUUUCUGCAGAUUUUUAGUUUUUUUUCCGUUUUCCAGACGGACUUGUGGGUCUCACAAGGUGAAGCCGGACAUUGUGACUUUUUCAGCGGCCGCCAUGCAGCUGCCACCGAUGAUCUAACGACGCCGCAAAGUGCCACCGGAUCCGGAUCCAAGUCCAGCAGCACCAGCAGAGUCCUCUUCCAGGAGAAACCAACACAUGACCGUCUCAAAGAUGACAUGGCGUCCUCAGUACCGCAGCUCCAAGUUUCGCCACGUGUUCGGGAAAGCUGCCACUAAGGAGAACUGCUUCGAUGGCGUGCCGAUCACACGCAGCGUCCAGGACAACCACUUCUGCGCCGUCAACCCUCGCUUCGUUGCCAUCAUCACGGAGUGCGCCGGGGGCGGAGCCUUCCUGGUCCUGUCGGUCAGCCAUACAGGUAAAGUGGACCCUCACCACCCUCGAGUGUCGGGCCACAGAGGAAAUGUUCUGGACAUCAAAUGGAAUCCUUUCAACGAUUACUGCAUCGCCUCCUGCUCCGAGGACACCACGGUGAAAGUUUGGGAAAUCCCGCCUCACGGCGUCCUGAAGACCCUGACGGUGCCGUGGAAAGAGCUGCAGGGUCACAGCCGCAGGGUGGGCAUCAUCGAGUGGCAUCCGACGGCGAACAACAUCCUCUUCAGCACCGCCUACGACUACCAGGUGAUGAUCUGGAACCUGGACUCUCCAGAGCAGGUGAUAAAGAACCCCGUCCGGACCAUCAAGCACCACACAGACGUCGUCUUGUCCAUGUCCUUCAACACGGAUGGGAGCCUCCUGGCCACCACCUGCAGGGACAGGAAGAUCCGGCUGAUGGAGGCGCGCUCAGGGAAUAUGCUGCAGGAAGGAAGCUGCAAGACACACAAAGCCAGUAAGGUGCUAAUUUUAGGAAACAUGAAGAUGAUCUUCACAUCCGGCACGUCGCGCUACAACAGUCGACAGUUUGUCCUGUGGGAUCAGGACGACCUGUCGACGCCUUUAUUGGAGGAGAACCUGGAUGGUUCCUCAGGUCUCCUGUUCCCGUUCUACGAUCCUGACACACACAUGCUCUACCUUGCUGGGAAGGGGGACGGAAGCAUCAGGUACUACGAGAUCAGCUCAGAAAAACCGUACAUCCAGUACCUGAUGGAGUUCCGCUCACACACGCCUCAGAAAGGAAUGGGUGUGAUGCCUAAGCGAGGCCUGGACGUCAGCUCAUGUGAGGUUUUCAGGUUCUACAAAGUGGUGACAGUCAAGAGCCUCAUUGAGCCCGUUUCCAUGAUCGUACCCCGCAGGUCUGAGUCGUACCAGGAAGACAUCUAUCCGAUGACAGCAAGUAACAGACCAGCUCUGACGGCAGACGAGUGGCUCAGUGGGGUCGAUAAAGGACCAAUUCUCAUGUCUCUGAAGCCUGGGAGUGAACUGACAGAGCCUCCGUCAGAGACGAAGGCGCUGGCCAACUCCAUGGACACUUGCAGGUCUUGGAGCCGGCCGGGAAUACCGCAGCUCUCCUACAUUCAGGACCAACAGGAGGCCAAAGAAGCGAGCAACCUGGUUGAAGACGACCGCGGUCAAACGCAUGUGAUCAACGGGGAGGACCUGGCGCUUUGCUCGCCUCCCAGGACAGAAAACGAGCUGCGCCUGAAGUUCCUGAAGCAGCAGGAGGAGAUCCGGCGGCUGAGGGAGCUCCUCAACCAGAGGGACGUGCGCAUCAAGCAGCUCGAGCUGGAGAUUAAAAACAUCAAGAACUCCCAGACGCAGAGCUAACUUUUACGAGCGUCCCGGUUUCCCCACGGCGCUGAGCGGGACACUCCAGCUCAAAUCCCGGAAUCAGAAACGUCUCGUUCUUUAAAACUUCCCGGCUCUCCAGAGACUCAAACCUCGACUUUCAGCCAACACUUGGUGCACAUAUUCUUUGUUCGUGUACAUAAACUUUUUACCGUUGCCCUGUUUCUUUUAUAUACUUCACUGCUAUGCAAGUUUACUGUAAUAUUUUUAGCCUUUUUUUAACUGAUGUUUGAGCCUGAGCCGAAAACGCUGAAUUUAUUUUUUGUGCUUGAUUUAAUUUUUUUUUCUCCUGUAUUUAAACUGCUGUAAGUGAAUGAAUGUGAAAGAGCUAAGCGAAUGACCUGCCUGUUGAACCCGAGCUCUGCCUUUCUAUAAGCUGCAGAUCGCUUUAUUCCAGCUUUUAUUUUGAAAUCUUCUGGAAGCAGAUUAAUUUUAAUGUCUACACUAAAUCUGAAACUGAUGCCAUGUAUAAGUUUUAACCCUAAUUUUUAUAUUUAUUUAAAAAUGUGGGCAGGGAAUACAUUUUAAUCAGGAAUUUGAAUCCCCGGAUGUGAUUUGUUUGGCAAAUAUAUGAAGAUGAAAAUUAACCAAAUGCUGUUUUUAUUGUUUUUAUUUUUUUUGCUGCAAAAAACUUAAUGACUUAUGAUUGUCUCCUUUCAUUUUUGCUGGGUAUCUUUUUUUUUAUCAUUUUAAUACAGAAAUGUGAGCUAAAACUGCUUAAUAUCUUAAAAAAAUGGUAAUUUUCAAAAGGUGCUUUUAAUCUAGUAAAUGAAUACAUAAUCUGUUCUAAUUUAUUAAAUAUAACUAUAAUUUUUGUUUUCCUUGGUAGCUUUCUUACAUGUUUUAAGUCACUGAAUUGCAGCAAAUGCAUACAAAACAAAUGUUUUAAGUUUGUCUGUUUUUAACUGAUUUUUAUUCAGGGAAUUGAUUACCAAAUGGCACCAAACAAAAGUUUUAAAUCACAAAAAUAUGAGUUAUAAAAUGAUUUUUCCUGUAAUCUGUUUUUUAAUUUGUUAGACUUUGGUUGCUUUUAACCAAUCUUAAAUCCUGUUGACUCCGACCCAUUUAUUGAUUUCAAUUCUCAGGUUCAACCUUCUUUAGGACACUCAAUGAAAUACUUAAAUAUUCAGGCUUUCAAUUUCAGACUGUUAAUGCAGGAUAUUAGAAGACUGUUUCUCUCCUUUAUUUCCAAGCAAAGAAUUAAGGAUGACGGUGAUCAUGUAUGGUCAGUAAAGGGUUACAUGUGCUGCUAAACUCAACAAAUGAGGCAGUGUUGUCAGCACAUAGCAGAAUAUUGCUACAAAACAGUUAAAAUGUGAUAUUUUUCCUCUGUGGCCAACAUUUUGUUUUAAUGAAUCAGUUUAUAUCUUGAAUAA